AAGUAAGCAAGUUGUAAGUCACCAAUGACCAAUGACAUUGCAUCUAUGCGGAUUUAACAAUAUUUAAUUUCCAUUUGUAAGAAUAAACAAGCUCUUGCUUAUCACUCCUCCACAUUCCAUUGCAACAUCUUCUCCCCCCUUUGUUUUUGUUAUAUUCUUCAACUGCUAUCCAUGGCCACCAAUCGCUGGAUCAGACCCGAGGUAUACCCUCUGUUUGCUGCGGUUGGAGCUGCUGUUGGGAUCUGUGCCUUUUCACUUGUUCGUAACAUCUGCAUCAACCCUGAAGUCAGGGUGAACAAGCAGUCCCGAGCUGCAGGAGUGUUGGAGAACUUUGCCGAGGGAGAGAAGUACACAGAACAUUUGUUGAGGAAGUUUUCCCGCAACAGAUCACCAGAGAUUAUGCCCGGCCUCAACAGCUUCUUCACCGACCCAAGUCGCAACUAAGUUGCUUUGGAUUAAUAACAGUGGUUGAAUUCUUACGCGAAUGCGAGAUAGAUUGUGUUUAAAACUCAGUAUUAUCGUCAUGCAUUUAAGAAACAAAUUUGUGUUUGAUCUCUCUUCCUGAACAGCGUGUAUGCUGUGGCUGAGAAUAACAAUACCCUGUUUGUUGCGUUAAUUGUUGCUGUAGUUUUAUAAAUUUGUUCGGUGUGCCAGUAUCGAACCUAGAUCACCAAGGUUGAAGAGCUAGUUUUCAACAAAGUGGCUUCUAGGGAAACUGGCUAGUUUUACAAAUUUGUGAUGUUGUCUAAGUUGCUGCAGACAUGCUUGUUAAAACUGGUGUUAUAAUAUAACUGAGUUGAAAUUUCUAAUUUGGGUUCAA